AACAUUCUGCUUACUGAAGCUUUAAGCCCUAGUCCUCACUGUAGUCAGAGAAAACCAGUUUAUCUGCCUGGUGAGGCAUUAUGAGGGUUUUUUAUUCUGUAAGUCCUGACCGGAAGCUCGUUGAUUUAACUCAGCGUCGUCUUGACAGCAGAGGAUCAACGCAGUAAAGAUUGGUUGGUUAAAGUCCUUCGUGUCUUCUAACCACUCCCUUUGAGCUGUCGACUGACUGCGAGCCACCCUUCACUUACCGGAGAAACCAGUCAACCCAAGUGGGUUUGUUAACUCGGCAGAAACACUUUUUUCUUUAAAAAAAAGAAAAAAGAGUCAAUAUAUUCAUCGAUACUAGUAUCCGGUGAAAAGUUGUUAACGCUCGGAAACCUUCUAGAAACUUUGUUUAGUCGGACCUGCUGGACGGAGACGGAGACAGCAUGGUGUUAAAAUCAGAAGACGGCGUAGUGCCGGACGACCUCACCCCAGAGGAGCAGCAGGAGCUGGAGAAUAUCCGCCGGCGCAAGCAGGAGCUGCUGGAGGACAUUCAGCGGCUGAAGGAUGAGAUAGCAGAAGUGACAAGUGAGAUCGAAAACCUGGGUUCCACUGAGGAGAGGAAAAAUAUGCAGAGGAAUAAACAGGUGGCCAUGGGCCGUAAGAAAUUUAACAUGGACCCCAAAAAGGGGAUCCAGUUCCUGAUUGAGAACGACUUGCUGAAGCAUACCAGCACCGAUAUCGCUCAGUUCCUCUACAAGGGCGAAGGCCUCAACAAAACAGCCAUCGGAGAUUACCUCGGAGAGAGAGAUGAUUUCAAUCUCCAAGUCCUGCAUGACUUUGUGGAGCUUCACGAGUUCACAGACCUCAACCUGGUUCAGGCCCUAAGACAGUUCCUGUGGAGUUUUCGGCUACCGGGAGAAGCUCAGAAGAUCGACCGCAUGAUGGAGGCCUUCGCUCAGCGCUACUGCCAAUGCAACCCUGGCGUUUUCCAGUCCACAGACACCUGUUACAUCCUGUCGUUCGCCAUCAUCAUGCUAAACACCAGCCUGCACAACCCGAAUGUCAAGGACAAGCCCGCUGUGGAACGAUUCAUCUCCAUGAACAGAGGAAUCAACGAUGGAGGAGACUUACCUGAAGACCUGCUCAGGAAUCUGUACGAGAGCAUCAAGAACGAGCCUUUCAAAAUCCCAGAGGACGACGGCAACGACCUCACACACACUUUCUUCAACCCAGACAGAGAGGGCUGGCUGCUAAAACUGGGAGGGGGACGAGUCAAAACCUGGAAGAGGAGGUGGUUCAUCCUCACAGACAACUGUCUGUACUACUUUGAGUACACCACAGACAAAGAGCCCAGAGGAAUCAUCCCGCUGGAGAACCUGAGCAUCAAGGAGGUGGAGGAUAAGAAGCCUAACUGCUUUGAGCUUUUCAUACCUGACAACAAGGAUCAGGUGAUAAAAGCGUGCAAGACUGAGACUGACGGACGCGUCGUCGAGGGCAACCACACCUUCUACCGUAUCUCCGCCCCCACCGCUGAGGAGAAAGAACAAUGGAUGGACAGCAUCAAAGCCGCCAUCAGCAGGGACCCCUUUUACGAGAUGCUGGCAGCCAGGAAGAAGAAGGUGUCGUCCAUGAAGAGGCACUAGAGCUGCUCAGCGCUCCAGAUGUUGCACUUGAACAGAGCAGGGGAGGGGUCCGGGUGUCUGCUCGCCCCGUCUGGGUCGGUGCAGAGGCCGCGGUCGAGAGACCUCUCCAGGGGAUUUUCUCUAGGAUAUAAACUAGGUUUGGCUUUGGGACUCUACUGGCCAGAAAAACAGGAAGCAUGCUGGGGUUUCUAGAUAAGAGUCAGGGCCAAAGCGUCCUCUAACCUCCUGUCUCUCUUUCUCUCUCAGCUUUGUGUGUGCUCUCUUGUCUAUGAGGCCAAAAGGAAAUCUUGCUGUGUAACGCGGCGAAAUCCCCUUCGAAGAUGCUUUAAAACAAAUCCCAUAUACAUUGCACACGUACACAACAUGCAUACACUCAUGCAGCCCCCCCCCCGUAGCACACAUCGAUUAAACUCAGCCGGUCUGACCAAGUGUGGCACUCCAACCAAAAUACUCCUCGCUCUCUGAAAGAAAAGACCUUUUCUGAUGUGCUUUAAUAUGUUCGGGUGAUAUUUUUACAGCUUUAAAUGUCAAAUCCUCUUCAGGCUCUUUUGUUUGUUUGCUUUUGUAAAAAAAAAAACUGAAACUGCAAGGGAGGGCGGGUGUGGGAGGGAGGGUAUGAUUUGCCAACUGUUAGUGAUUUUAUAGUAAAAAAGAAAAGAAAAAAAAAAGUUGCCACUCAGGAGAUUGUUACUGAAACUUUCCAUGUCGGCGUUGACAUGGAUCCCUGUUCACAACACGACACUUUCAGAGGAACGAAAAGCCUCAUCUGUGUCCCAGACUGAACUGUUUUUUUGUAAAUGUGUGGGGACGAACCGCUGCAGAUGUCUGGACGGAGUCUCAGUGUUGGAUCUCGCUGUUCAUUUCCUGAAGGUCCUGGAGAUGCAUCCUGGGGAUUAGUGUCUUUGUAAAGUGUUCAUCACUCUGGGCUUCUGUUUGAGGUCUGGAAACUAGAACUGGUGGCCCCUUUCUUAUUUUCUUUUUUUCCCACAUCAUUUUGUCACCACUUUCUCUUCCCUAAUUUCCUCGUUUUACAUAUUUACAUUACUGCUGCACAGUGCCUGGCGCUCUAGAUGAAAUGUUACGAGAAAAGCUGCUGGUUAGCGACAGUAAUUCAAAGUUUUCUUCUCCUAGUUGAACCACAUUUAAUUAUCGGUUUCCUACCUUUUAAUAUGCUUUUUCUUUGUACCUAUUUAAUGGUAAAAACAAAUCAUUUCCAGCCGUCAGCACGACCUCAUAGAUCUCCGUACAAUACUGUGCGCUUCAGGUUGUUUAUGUAAUAAAGACAUAAUAUAUGACAUAUUGUUGUAGAGGCUUUAAAGCGGCACAAAUUCACGUUGAAGCUCUGCCUGGAGAAGAAUGGGUUGUCCCCGUCUCAGGAUCCAAAGUGUGAUGUGAAACAAUACAAAGGAAGGAAUGAGGAAUGUACUGUAGUGAACCAAAAGACGGCGGUCAGGAUGGCUGAUUGGUCAGCGACAUUUGUCAAAAACUGCAUCGAGGUACAAUUUUUUUGCAAACGCAGUCCGAGUUGUGAAUCAAGCGGUCGUCUUUUCUACUCUCGUCUACAGUCGUCUCAUCUGUGCCUGCUGGUGGUUUAUCCUCACACUCCCUGCCUCCUCCUCUGUUUCCUCUCUCUGCUCCUCUGCACCGCACUAAUCCUAGAGACAUAAGGACAAAAAUGCAAAACAAUCAUAAUUCUAGACAGUAUUGGUUUAUUUAUCAAAGUUGUACAUACUUAAAUGUAUAGUGGGUAUUCAUUUUGUUUCUUAUUAGUUGUGCCAUUUUUCUUUUUGGUAUCAAUAAUGUUUGAUUUGAGGUUUGUAUCAUUGCCAUUUAAUCAAGCUGAAAUAAAGACAAAUUUGUCGCAA